AAUAAUGGUGAGAUAGAGAGAGAGAGGGUGUGAUGUGAAAUUGAAUUGUGAAGAAGAAGAGAAGAGAGGAAUAGAGAAUAGCGACUGCUUGCUUCUCUCUCUUUUUAUUUUCUUUUGUGUUUGUUUGUUGGUUUGAGAGAUAGAGAAAGAGAUAUGAGUAAUUAACCUGUUCCUCUCCAUAUCCCAUCAUCAUCAUCAUCAUCCAUCUUAGCCUCCAUUUUUAAUUUUUCAUAAUCUCUCUUUUUCCAGAAACAAACACUCAGUAGUACUAGUACACACUAUAACCCACUGCAGAGAAAAUUUUUUAGAAAAGGAGAGAAAGAGAAAGACAGACAGAGAAAGAGAAACAAAUUCAAGAAGCUUUCAAUCAAUACCACAGAAGAGGAAAACGAUGUCUCAGAGCUUUACAUCCUUUCAUAUUCUGCAACUCCAACAGUAAUACUAAAAGGGUGACUUAAUUGAAGAAGAAGAAGAAGAAGAAGAGGUAGGAGAAAGAAAAUGAUGAUGAAGAAGAAGAUCAUCAACAUCAUCAUCAUCAUCAGCUUCAGAUAUGGAAAUAACUACAACAAUCUUCUCAAACUCUAAUUAUCAUCAAAAGCUUCUUCAUCAUCAGCAGCACAACAAUAAAAACAAUAAUUACAAUCACAAUUGUUGUUUGAAUUCUAUGUCCCAAGAUUACCAUCACCACCACCACCACCACCAAGCUCAAGCAGCUGCAACAGGCAUCUUCAGUACACCCAACAACAACACUUUCACUUCAUCAUCCAAUAAUGGUAAUUUCGACAGAUCAUCAUCAUCAGUAGUAGUAGUACCCACGGCUCCAGCCGCCUCACACCAACACCACAUAGCUCAACAGAUCCGAAGAGACAAACUGAGGGUGCAAGCAGCAGCCGGUGGCGGCUACGAGCCGCCGCCAUUGGUCGGCUUAGAUCACGAGGAAGAUGUUGAUGAUGAAUCAGGAACCUUACCAUCCGCUGUUUACGAAUCGGCUGGGAUGUUAUCUGAGAUGUUCAAUUUCCCUCAAGGACCCCACACUACUUCUGCAACUGAAUUGUUGGAACAACAGGCGAUGGCGCCGCCUCCUCCGAGUUACCGGUCGACUCCGAGGCCACCGCAACAACAACAGGUUAGCGAAUGGUACGGUAGUAGUGGAAGACAAGGGAUGAUGAUAGAUAAUAAUAAUAAUCAUCAUCAUCAUAAUUCAAAGUCUAAUCAUCAUCAACAUCAACACCAGAUUUCUGGCAUUAAUGCAGACUCAGCAGCAGCCAUGCAGCUUUUCUUAAUGAAUCCAUCACAGCCAAGAUCUCCAUCUUCUCCUCCUCCUUCAACUGUUGUAUCGAAUUCCAAUUCUACCCUUCACAUGCUUCUCCCCAAUCCUUCAACUACUACUAAUUCUUUAGUUCAAGCAGGAGGAGGAGGGGGAGGAGGGGCUUUUGGUCAAUUCACAUGGAUACCGGACACUAGUAGUUCUCAUGAAGGAGGAGGUGGUGGUGGUGGUCCCACCACACACGAAAUUGGCGGAAUUCCUCAUCAUCAUCACCAUCCACAUCAUCAUCCCCAUCAUCAUCAUCAUCAUCAUCAUCCGGUUGAAGGUCAAGGACUAUCGCUGACGUUAUCAUCGCCGUUAGAUGCAGCUGCCAAAGCAGAAGAGCUUCGAAUGGGAAACACCGCCUUAUUGUAUUACGGCGGAGGAGGUAUUGGUGGUGGGUCUUCUUCUGGACAAGAUCACCAUUAUCCUUACAAUAAGAAUCAUAAUAAUUACGGUAAUGCCCCUGGUGGUGGUAGUGGACUAAUUAACCACCACCAGGUCCACGUCGGAUUCGGUUCUUCAUUGGGUGUGGUCAACGUGUUGAGGAAUUCUAAGUACGUGAAAGCCGCACAAGAGCUUUUGGAAGAGUUUUGCAGUGUGGGUAGGGGUAAUCAUUUUAAGAAGAACAAGUUAUUCGGUUAUAAUAAUAAUAAGAAUAAUAGUACAAACCCUAAUCCCGCCACCAGUAGCGGUGGCGGCGGUGGCGGUGGCGGUUCUUCUUCCUCUUCAAAAGAUCAUGUUAGUGCUCCUCCAUUGUCAGCAGCUGAUAGAAUUGAGCAUCAAAGGAGAAAGGUCAAACUGUUAUCCAUGCUUGAUGAGGUUGACCGAAGAUACAACCACUACUGUGAACAAAUGCAAAUGGUGGUUAACUCAUUCGACUUGGUUAUGGGUUUUGGUGCGGCGGUGCCGUACACUGCCCUAGCUCAAAAGGCAAUGUCUAGGCAUUUUCGAUGUCUUAAAGAUGCUAUAUUAGCUCAGUUGAAACACAGCUGUGAGUUAUUGGGUGAGAAAGAUGGUGGUGGAAGCUCUGGUAUCACUAAAGGAGAAACUCCUAGGCUUAAGAUUCUAGAACAAAGCUUAAGACAGCAAAGAGCUUUUCAAUCAAUUGGGAUGAUGGAACAAGAAGCUUGGAGACCUCAACGAGGUUUGCCUGAACGCUCUGUCAAUAUCUUAAGAGCUUGGCUCUUUGAGCAUUUUCUUCAUCCGUAUCCAAGUGAUGCAGAUAAGCAUCUGUUGGCUCGACAGACUGGUUUAUCAAGGAAUCAGGUUUCAAACUGGUUCAUAAAUGCAAGGGUUAGGUUGUGGAAACCCAUGGUGGAAGAGAUGUACCAACAAGAAGCAAAAGAAGAAGAAACAGUCUCAUCAGAUCAAGAAAUAAGGUCAGAUCAUCAUCACCAUCAACACAACCAUGAUCAUCAGAUGAUCGAUAGUAAUACUAAUAAUAAUAGGAACAAUAAUAUUAUUAUUAAUAACAGCCAAAAUAGUAUGACUAGUGGUCACCACCAUCAAAUGCUCGCACAAACUCCAACGACAACUCUCGCAACGCAAACGACAACAACAGAUAUCAAUGCCAUGGAAAGUGACCCUUCACUCGUUGCAAUCAAUAACAAUAAUAGUAACAACACCAACAACAACAACAGCAGCAACAGCAACAGCAACAGAAAUAUUAUUAUUAAUAAUAAUAAUAAUAAUAUUCAUAGGCAACCCUUCUCGGAAAACCAAGCUGUGAUCAUGCAACAACAACAGGCCUUUCCCACAACGACGUCGUCUGAACUACUUGCGCCACCACUUGUCCAACAGAGUUUCGCCGCCGCAGAAGACACGUGUCGACGUGUCAGCUUAGUUCAUAAUAAUAAUGCAGGUGAUUUUGGGACCACUACUUCUAAUAAUAAUAAUAAUAAUAAUAUGAAUAUUAGUGGGCCUGGGCCUGGGCCCAUGGGUCAUCUCAUUACCUUUGGGACCACUAAUACUACUGCUACUGUUCCUACGGCUGGUGACGUGUCACUCACUCUAGGGCUACGCCAUGCCGGAAACAUGCCUGAGAACAAUACUUCUCCUUUUUCUGUUAGAGACUUUGGAAGCUGAGAUUAUUUUCAUUUUUAUUAUUAUUCACACCAUUAUUAUAUAAUCCCAAAUAUUAAUUUCUCAACAUAUAUAUUAUAUAUGUUAAUUAAUUAGCUUCAAGGGGGAGAAAAGAGAGAGAGGAAAAAAAAAUAGAAUUUUGAAUUUUAAUUUUUUUUUCUUUUCCUUUUUUAACCUUUUCAAUUAUAUUCUGUGAACAACAAAGGAUGAAGAAAAAAAUACGUUACUGAGACGUAGCUUUACUUUUACAUUAGCUAGCUGUAUGGGGAUAUUAUUGUAAUUGUAUAGUAGAUAUUGUUUUUUUCCUUU